AUGAACCUCACCGCACGUCACUGCUAUGAAGGGUCCACUCUGCUCACCCCACACGGGAAGAGAAAGGUUCUACUGGGAGCUCAGGCUUUUAUCCGGACCAGCAAGACCAGAGGCUGCUGUUCCUUCAGGGGACAGAUGUUCUGCCAGGUGUUCUACUCCCUGAUUGGCCUGCUGGGGGCCGGCAGCUGCUCAUUGGUUGCUGCUACAGGUCUGGUCCAGGGCCCCCUGUGCCUCUACAACUCCAGCUCCGGUCCGGUCUGGGGUCCCCUGAAACCUGUCCCAGACCGGUUUCCCGGGUACCUGUACAACCAGACUCUGUGGUGGGGUGUGUGUCUGGAACCCGGGUCGGUGGUUCUGUGGAACCUGGUUCUGUUCAGUGUGAUGGGGGCGGCCGGGUUCCUGCAGACCGUCCUGUGUGGGUCCAACGUCCUGAACGCCCUGCUGGGCCUGGUCUUGGGCCGGGGGUUCUGCCAGAACCAGGUUCAUCCAGAGUCUCGGUGAAACCAGCAGUUCUGGUUCCCAGAAACCACCUGGGAGGAUUCAGAAGGAAGGAAGGGAAGAAGACUCUCUGGAUUCAGAAGGAAGGAAGGGAAGAAGACUCUCAGUAUUCAGAAGGAAGGAAGGAAAGAAGACUCUCAGGAUUCAGAAGGAAGGAAGGGAAGAAGACUCAGGAUUCAGAAGGAAGGAAGGGAAGAAGACUCUCAGGAUUCAGAAGGAAGGAAGGGAAGAAGACUCUCAGGAUUCAGAAGGAAGGAAGGGAAGAAGACUCUCAGGAUUCAGAAGGAAGGAAGGGAAGAAGACUCUCAGGAUUCAGAAGGAAGGAAGGAAAGAAGACUCAGGAAACUUCAGCUCGUCAAAGACUUUCAGACCAACUGGACUCACCUGAGGCUGCUAAACUGCUAAACUGCUAAUCGGUUCACAUCCAUAAAGAGUUUGAUGGGUUCUUUGUUUACAUCAAUGCAGAACCUGACCUAAGCGUAGAUUUAAAGGUUCUCAUUCAUUUUCAUUUUCCAUCCGUCUAAAAUCCUUCCAUCCUCCAGCUCCAGCUCCAGCAGUGUAACCACCAGACCUGUCAAGUUUAGCUUGAAACUACCGUGUUUGAACCCUAACCUCUUUCCUGACAUCCUCCCCUAUUAGUAUUUUACCAUAAAUUUCUCCUUUUGUAAUAUAAUAAUUUCUAAAAAGCAUCCAUGUGCUUCAGGAAUCCAGACUCAAAACUUCUCUGUUUCAAACUGCACACAAUUUAUAACCUCUUCUUUAUUUUAUUUAUAUAUUGUU